AUGGCGUCGGAUCCGGACGAGCCGAGCAACAAGUCUGUAAAGGAGCUCAGCAGCCUCUUCGGUAAACGAGUCACAGCUAAUAAAGGAGCUCCCGCUGCUUACGUGGCGAAACUUCACGCAGCCAAUGCGAGCGCUGGCUCCUCCAGCGAACUUCCGAAAAUCACGCGUCGGUCCUCUGGACCUGUUGUCAGCACAGAAGGUCUAAUCCGGCAUCCUUCAGGCGGGUUUGCUAGUCCGCAGUCUUACGACGGAAAUCCGUCAGAACCCAGAGAUUUUAAGGACGAUAUUAAGGGAGACUUGAAGCAGGAAGCUAAAGGGCCGGCACCUGGCCGGGAUGGGACGAAGGAAUCGCCUCGGGAUUCCCGAGCCAAGGCGAAAAGCCGCGCGGGUUCCGAGCCUGAGCCGCUAGGCUUGUCUUCCCCAGGCUCGUCCGCCAAGCCUGCUGCUGCGAAGGCGUCGCCAACUCAGCGGUCGUUUUCGCCGGGCGGGAAUUACACGCGUGAAGAAAUUCGUAAGAUGGAGACGAUGCUGCGCAAGUUCGAGGAGGACCUGGAGCUGAGCAACUUCGAGCUGGCGGCGCUGAAGGCGCGGCACAUGGAGAAGGUCAGCCGGCUCAAGGUGGUGGAGGAGGAGAUCGUCAUCAGCGAACAGCGCAACAAGAGCCUGCAGCUUGCUCUGGCUGCGAUGGAGAAGGAAAUGGCUUCCUUCGAGUCUGCCAAGGCGAAGAUGAAGAAAAAGAUGGAGGAGGAGCAGGCGGCUAAGACAGAAGAAGCAAUCCGGGCAGCUUUGAAAGAUAUUGAGGACGGGCAGGUGGCUCCGCUGAAGGCUGAGGUCGAGUCUCUCAAGGCAGGCGCGGAAGUUUUGACGGCUGAGCUGGCAGCUGCCCGGGCUGCCCUGGCGGCGAAAGAAGCGGAGCUAUUGGUUGCUGAGUCAGAGAAUGAGAAGGUUAGCGGGCAGCUUAGUGAGGAAGAGGCGAAUCACAAGGUGACACGUGGCGAGCUGGAGGAGGCGAGGGAAGAGGUGGAAAGGGCUCGGAAAGAGGCUGCAGAGGCGGAGAAGGAACUGGAUGAACUUAAAACGAAACACGAGGAGGCUUGUAGCGAGUUGGAGGGGCUGCAAGGGAAGCAUAAAGGGACGUGUGAGGAGCUAGAAAAGCUUAAAGAGGAGAUUGACUCCCUUAAGGGGGAGAACAAAGAGGUAAUGGAGGAGUUGGGAACGGUUAAGGGGGAGUGGGAGGCCAGGGGAAAGGAAUUAGAGGUGUUGGCGAAAGAGAAGGCGGAAAUGGAAGAGGCAAUGGAGGGUAUGAGAGGCAAAUGCGAGGAGCAAGGGCGGGAGCUGGAGGAACUGCAGCAGCUGCAUGAUAAGACGAAUAACGAGUUACAUGUUAUGGAGGAUGGGAACGAGAAGCUGCAGAGGGAAGUGGAAGGGUUGAAGGGUGAAUUGGAAGCGGUAAGGGGAGAGAAAGGGGCGGCGGAGGGAGAGAUAGUGAAGCUGCAAGCGAGGGUUGAGGAAGCGGAGGGGGAGAUAGGGAGGUUGAAGGAGAGGGGAGAGGAGAGGGAGAGAGAGAUGGCAGCAUUGGAAGGGAGGAAUGAGGAGGCGAGGAAGGAGGCGGAGGAGUGGAAGGGGAAGCAUGAGGAGUUGGGGAAGGAGUUGGAGGAGGUGACAAGGGAGAGAGAGGAGGAAAUGCGGGAGAGGGAGGAAGUAAUACAGGCGAAGGAGGCAGCUUUUAGAGAAUCGUUGAAAGAAGUGGAGGAUUUGAGAGAGAAAGUGGCGGAGAGAGAUGGACAGGUGGGGGAGUUACAGCAAAGGGUAGACGAGCAGGGGAAGGAGAUUGAAGGUUUGAAGGGAGAGGUGGAGGAAGAGAGGAAGGGAAAGGGGGAGGUUGAGGCGGCUUUGGCCGCGGCUAAUGGGGAGAUGGGGGAACUGAGGGAGAGGAUUGAGGGGCUGGAGAGGGAGGUGGAGGAGGAGAGGAAGGGGAAGGGUGUGGCUGAAGCGGCGCUUGUUGUUGCGACUGGGGAGGUGGGUGUUUUGGGGGAGAAGGUUAAGGGUUUGGAGGAGAAGGUGAAGGGAUUAGAGGAUGAGGUGGAGAAGGAGCGAGGAGGGAGGGAGGAGAGGGAGAAAGAGCUUGAGAAUGUGAGGAAAGGGAGGGAUGAUUUGGUGAAGGAGAGAGAUGAGGUGAGGAGGGAGUUAGAGGAGUUGAGAGGUGAGAACGAGGAGUUGCAUAAGAGGAUAGAGGAGAUGGAAGGGAAGGUGGCAGAAUUGGGGAUGGGUAGGGAAGCGGCAGAAUUGGAAAAGACGGAAACCGAGAGACUGCGGAGGGAGGAGAUUGCAGCAAGGGAGGCGGUUGAAAGUCAAUUGGCAGCAGCACAGGGAGAGUUAGGGCAGAGAGUAAAGGAAGUGGAGGAGGUGACUAAAGCGAAGGGUUUGUUGGAAGAGGAGGUGAAGCAGGUGAGGGGGGAGUUGGGGGGAAGGGAGGAGGAAUUGGCAGAGCUGAAGGGGAAACAUGAGGUGCUGACGUCAGAGCACCAAGCGCUGAUGUCGGAGCACGAGGAGCUGAAGUCAGCAAACGAAAAGCUGACGUCAGAAUGUGCUGCGCUAGCGGCAGCGCAGGCAGCUCUGGCGGUUAAGAUUGAGGAGGUGACUAUAGCGAAGGAGGGGUUGAUGAGUGAGCUUGUAGAGGAGAAGGAGGGGCGGGCGGCUGUAGCUGCUGAGCUGGCAGAAUCGUAUUCUGAUCUGGCUGGCAUCCAUGCUGAGCUGGAAGCGCUGACUGCCACGCAUGAUUCCUUGAAGAAGGAUCACGAGGCACUGAAUGAGCGGUACAAUGCGAUGAAGAGCGAUUUAGAGAGUAAGUCUGGAGAGGCAGGUGGGCUUGUGGAGGAAAUAAACAAGGUGAGGGAGGAGAGGGACGAGGGGAAGAAGAGAGAGGAGGAGGGAAAGAAGAGAGAAGAGGCUUUGACUGCUGAACUAGAGCAGACACAAGGGACGGUCGAGGGAUUGAAGGGGGAGCUGGAAGCUUCCAAGAAGGAGAACGAAGUGCUGAUAGGAAAGCUCGCUGCUGCUGUUGGCGGCGUUGCAGCUGCCGAAGCUGAAGCAGAGGCUCGGGAAGCGGAGCUGGCAGAGGUUCGGGCCGAGCUGGAAGGAGUGGCGAAGGAGAAAAGCGAGUGGGAGGAGGAGAUGGGGAAGGCGAGGGGGGAUAUAGAAGCUCUGGAGAAGGAGAGAGAGGGAUUAAAGGGAGAGACGGAGAGAUUGACUAAGGAAAAAGAGGCUCUUAUUGUGAGUCAUGCUGCUGCUCUGGCUGAGGUCGUAGCUGCCAAGGAGGGGUUGGAAGAGGAGGCGAAGAGAUGGCAGGAGAAGCAGGAGCAGACGGUAAAGGAGUUGGAGGGUGUGAGGGAGGAGGCGGAGGAGAGGAGGAGGGAGGCGGAGGGGAAGGAGAAGGAGCUGCUGGCUCGGGCCGAAGCUGCGGAGGUGCGGGUGGGCGAGCUGGAGCAGGCUCGGGACGAGGCUGCGGCUAUGGCUGGGGAGACCCAGAAAGCUUUGGAUGCUGCUAAUGAGGAGAUUGUGACUGUAAAGGGGGAGAUGGAGAAAAAGGAGGGGGAGAGGAAGGAGCUAGAGGAGGCUUUGGCGAAGGAGAGGGAUGAGAAAGAAAAUCUGAGUGCAGAGAACGAGCAGCUUAAAGAGAAAGUGGAGACGCUUUCAGAGGGGAUGGAUGGGACCAAGCAUGGGCUGGCUGCUGAGGUGGAUGCCCAUGAAAAGACAAGGGAAGAGCUGCUAGAGACAAAAAAGACCCUCGAGGAAGUGAGGGGAGAGCUAGAGGAAGUGAGAAGGGCGUUGGAGGAGAGUGAGGAGGGGAAGAAGGAGGCUGAGGAGGAUUUUGAGGGGGCGCUUGCUGCUGAGGCUGCUGCUAGGGCGGAAGCUGCUGCUGCGUCGGCAGCAGCGGUGGCGACGGCAGCGGCUAAGGAUGGAGAGUUGGGAGAGAAAGAGCGGGAGAUUGGGCAGGUGAAGGAAGAGCUUGGGCAGGUGAAGGAUGAACUCGGGCAGGCGAAGGGUGAUGUGGAACGUUUGACUGGGGAGGUUCGGGAGAAAGAGGAGAGGAUAGCGGGGCUUGAGGAAGAGUUGAAAGAGGCUCGGGCCAGUGCCGAGUCUAAGGAGGCUGCUGCUGUUGCGGCUGCUGCUGCUGCUGCUGCUGCGGCUGCUACUGCGGCCGCUGUGAAAGAAUCCGCGAAAAUGUCUGAAGGAGAGGCGCAGAGGAAGGUGCAAGAGCUGCUGGAAAAGCUGGAGGGUUUAGAGAGGGAGAGGAGGGAGGGGGAGGAGAGGGAACAGGGGUUGAGGGAUGAGUUGGAAGGGGCUAAGGAAGCAGAGGAAGAGGCGAGGGAGGCUGCAAGGAUGGCAGCGGGUAGGGCGAGUGAGAUGGUGGUGGGGAUGGAAGGGGAGAUGGAGGGGUUGAGAGGGAGGUUGAAGGAGCGAGAGGAGGAGGUGGAGAGGGGUAAGGAGGAGUUGGAGAAGGUGAGAGGGGAGUGGGCGGCUGAGGUGGAGCGGUUGGGGAGAGAGAAGGAGGAGGCUAUUGGGGAGGUUGAGAGGGAUAAGGAGGAGUUGCGGAGUAAGUUGGAGGCGGAGAAGGGCGCCUUAGAGGAGCAAGUGAAGCAGCUUACAGAGAGGAUGGGCGAUUUGGAGGAGGGAAGGAGUGGAUUGGAGGCAGCAGGAGUUAAACUGGCCGGCAGGAUUGCGGAAUUGGAGGAGGAGCGGGAUCGAUUAGAAAGGGAGAGAGAUGGGGUACAGGGCGAGAGGGAUAAGCUUGAGGAGGAGAGGGGAAAAAUGGAGGAUGAGUUGAGGAAGGAGGGGGAGAGAGUGAGGGAGCUUGAUGAAGAGACGAAGGAGGGUGAGGAAUUGGCUCGGGCCGAAGCUGCUGAAGCUAAGCAGGCAGCAGAUGCAGCCCAAACCGAGGCUGCCGAGGCUAGACUAGCUGCGGAAACUGCUCUUGCCGAAGCUGCAGAGGCUCGGGAGCGUGCGGGCAAAGCUGAGGGGGAGUUGGAAGCGGUGCAGAGGGAGAUGGAGGGGUUGAUAGCGUCAGAAGCAGCAGCGAGGUCAGCAGCUGAAGAGGCCAAGAGUGGGGGUUCAGUUCGGCUUGCGGCUAGUCUGUGGCGAGCCAGGGUGAAUCAAGAACCAUUAGGUUACGUUCUGGUGGAACCUUUUGCUCCAGUCUUCUGGUAUCGAGUGGGUGCAGUGAUCUUAUCUGCCGAUGCUCAUCGCGCUGGGCAGCAGACGGUUGUAGUUUACGUCAAUUCGGGUGGUUACUGCGAAGCGAUGGCGUCGGAAGGCGGGAUGCCGCCAACAGGGGGAGGUGGCAAGAAGGGCGGAGGCGGCUUUACUGCGCAAUUUAGAGACGUCAGCUCUGGUGGGGGGGUUCCAGCAUUCCCGGAGCCCCACAAGACGAAGGUCAACAAAGAUACUCCUCCUGAACCCGAUGCCUCACCGCUUAAAGCCUCACCUUCCCCUUAUUUCCCCCUCUACUCCCCCUCGUUCCAGCCUCUCCUUCCCCUUAUUUCUUCCUCUGCUUCCCCUCGUUCCCCCCUCUCCAUCCCCUUAUUUCCAAAUCUACUCCCCCCUCGUUCCCCCUCUCCUUCCCCUUGUUUCCCCCCCUGCUUCCCCUCGUUCCGCCUUCUCCUUCCCCUUAUUUCCCCCUCUGCUCCCCCUCGUUCCGCCCUCUCCUUCCCUUAUUUCCCCCUCUGCUCCCCCUCGUUCCCACCUCUCCUUCCCCUCGUUACCCCCUCUGCUUCCCCUUAUUUCUUCCUCUGCUUCCCCUCGUUCCCCCCUCUCCUUCCCCUUGUUUCCCCUCUGCUCCCCCUCGUUCCCCCUCUCCUUCCCCUUGUUUCCCCUCUGCUCCCCCUCGUUCCCCCUCUCCUUCCCCUUGUUUCCCCCUCUGCUUCCCCUCGUUCCGCCUUCUCCUUCCCCUUCUUUCCCCCUCUGCUCCCCCUCGUUCCCCCCUCUCCUUCCCCUCAUUUCCCCCUCUGCUCCCCCUCGUUACCCCCUCUGCUUCCCCUCCUUUCCCCUUAUGCUUCACCUCCUUCCCCCCCCUGCAUGCCCUCCUUUCUCCACCUGCUUCCCCUCCUUGCCCCCCAUGCUUCUCUUCGCUUCCCCCCGCAUCCCCUGUUUUCCCCUGCUUUCCCCCCCUUGCUUGCUCUCCUUCACCCCCAUGCUUCACCUCCUUUCCGCCCCUCCUUCACCUCCUUUCCCUCCCUGCUUCCCCCCUUUUCCCCCACGGCUUCCCUUCCUUUCCCCCCCUGCCUCCUCUCCUUUCCCCCCAUGCUUAUCCUCCCUUCCCCCCCUGCUUCCCCUCCUUUCCCCACCUGCUUCCCCUAUUUCUCACCCUCCUUUCGCUCAUUUUCCCCCUCUGCUUGCCGCAAUGCCUCUCCACCCCCUUACGAUCCAAUCAGCUCCUUCGAGUUUGCUUAUUCUCUGUCCUCCCUUUUUACCCUGCUUAUGCUCCCUCCUCCCUUUGCUUACCCUCUCUCUUCCCCUCUACCCUCACCACCAGUACCGUGUUUACCGCCUUCCCUUUCCAUACUGAGGGAUCUCAAGUGCAGCAUGGAACAAGAUGGACCAGUCCUCUUCAGUCUAGGCUUGCAUGUGCUCCCACUGUGUGUUGAAAGCAAGGCAGGGAGGUGUGAUGGAAAGGCAGGGAGGUGUGAUGGAAAGGCAGGGAGGUGUGAUGGAAAGGCAGGGAGGUGUGAUGGAAAGGCAGGGAGGUGUGAUGGAAAGGCAGGGAGGUGUGAUGGAAAGGCAGGGAGGUGUGAUGGAAAGGCAGGGAGGUGUGAUGGAAAGGCAGGGAGGUGUGAUGGAAAGGCAGGGAGGUGUGAUGGAAAGGCAGGGAGGUGUGAUGGAAAGGCAGGGAGGUGUGAUGGAAAGGCAGGGAGGUGUGAUGGAAAGGCAGGGAGGUGUGAUGGAAAGGCAGGGAGGUGUGAUGGAAAGGCAGGGAGGUGUGAUGGAAAGGCAGGGAGGUGUGAUGGAAAGGCAGGGAGGUGUGAUGGAAAGGCAGGGAGGUGUGAUGGAAAGGCAGGGAGGUGUGAUGGAAAGGCAGGGAGGUGUGAUGGAAAGGCAGGGAGGUGUGAUGGAAAGGCAGGGAGGUGUGAUGGAAAGGCAGGGAGGUGUGAUGGAAAGGCAGGGAGGUGUGAUGGAAAGGCAGGGAGGUGUGAUGGAAAGGCAGGGAGGUGUGAUGGAAAGGCAGGGAGGUGUGAUGGAAAGGCAGGGAGGUGUGAUGGAAAGGCAGGGAGGUGUGAUGGAAAGGCAGGGAGGUGUGAUGGAAAGGCAGGGAGGUGUGAUGGAAAGGCAGGGAGGUGUGAUGGAAAGGCAGGGAGGUGUGAUGGAAAGGCAGGGAGGUGUGAUGGAAAGGCAGGGAGGUGUGAUGGAAAGGCAGGGAGGUGUGAUGGAAAGGCAGGGAGGUGUGAUGGAAAGGCAGGGAGGUGUGAUGGAAAGGCAGGGAGGUGUGAUGGAAAGGCAGGGAGGUGUGAUGGAAAGGCAGGGAGGUGUGAUGGAAAGGCAGGGAGGUGUGAUGGAAAGGCAGGGAGGUGUGAUGGAAAGGCAGGGAGGUGUGAUGGAAAGGCAGGGAGGUGUGAUGGAAAGGCAGGGAGGUGUGAUGGAAAGGCAGGGAGGUGUGAUGGAAAGGCAGGGAGGUGUGAUGGAAAGGCAGGGAGGUGUGAUGGAAAGGCAGGGAGGUGUGAUGGAAAGGCAGGGAGGUGUGAUGGAAAGGCAGGGAGGUGUGAUGGAAAGGCAGGGAGGUGUGAUGGAAAGGCAGGGAGGUGUGAUGGAAAGGCAGGGAGGUGUGAUGGAAAGGCAGGGAGGUGUGAUGGAAAGGCAGGGAGGUGUGAUGGAAAGGCAGGGAGGUGUGAUGGAAAGGCAGGGAGGUGUGAUGGAAAGGCAGGGAGGUGUGAUGGAAAGGCAGGGAGGUGUGAUGGAAAGGCAGGGAGGUGUGAUGGAAAGGCAGGGAGGUGUGAUGGAAAGGCAGGGAGGUGUGAUGGAAAGGCAGGGAGGUGUGAUGGAAAGGCAGGGAGGUGUGAUGGAAAGGCAGGGAGGUGUGAUGGAAAGGCAGGGAGGUGUGAUGGAAAGGCAGGGAGGUGUGAUGGAAAGGCAGGGAGGUGUGAUGGAAAGGCAGGGAGGUGUGAUGGAAAGGCAGGGAGGUGUGAUGGAAAGGCAGGGAGGUGUGAUGGAAAGGCAGGGAGGUGUGAUGGAAAGGCAGGGAGGUGUGAUGGAAAGGCAGGGAGGUGUGAUGGAAAGGCAGGGAGGUGUGAUGGAAAGGCAGGGAGGUGUGAUGGAAAGGCAGGGAGGUGUGAUGGAAAGGCAGGGAGGUGUGAUGGAAAGGCAGGGAGGUGUGAUGGAAAGGCAGGGAGGUGUGAUGGAAAGGCAGGGAGGUGUGAUGGAAAGGCAGGGAGGUGUGAUGGAAAGGCAGGGAGGUGUGAUGGAAAGGCAGGGAGGUGUGAUGGAAAGGCAGGGAGGUGUGAUGGAAAGGCAGGGAGGUGUGAUGGAAAGGCAGGGAGGUGUGAUGGAAAGGCAGGGAGGUGUGAUGGAAAGGCAGGGAGGUGUGAUGGAAAGGCAGGGAGGUGUGAUGGAAAGGCAGGGAGGUGUGAUGGAAAGGCAGGGAGGUGUGAUGGAAAGGCAGGGAGGUGUGAUGGAAAGGCAGGGAGGUGUGAUGGAAAGGCAGGGAGGUGUGAUGGAAAGGCAGGGAGGUGUGAUGGAAAGGCAGGGAGGUGUGAUGGAAAGGCAGGGAGGUGUGAUGGAAAGGCAGGGAGGUGUGAUGGAAAGGCAGGGAGGUGUGAUGGAAAGGCAGGGAGGUGUGAUGGAAAGGCAGGGAGGUGUGAUGGAAAGGCAGGGAGGUGUGAUGGAAAGGCAGGGAGGUGUGAUGGAAAGGCAGGGAGGUGUGAUGGAAAGGCAGGGAGGUGUGAUGGAAAGGCAGGGAGGUGUGAUGGAAAGGCAGGGAGGUGUGAUGGAAAGGCAGGGAGGUGUGAUGGAAAGGCAGGGAGGUGUGAUGGAAAGGCAGGGAGGUGUGAUGGAAAGGCAGGGAGGUGUGAUGGAAAGGCAGGGAGGUGUGAUGGAAAGGCAGGGAGGUGUGAUGGAAAGGCAGGGAGGUGUGAUGGAAAGGCAGGGAGGUGUGAUGGAAAGGCAGGGAGGUGUGAUGGAAAGGCAGGGAGGUGUGAUGGAAAGGCAGGGAGGUGUGAUGGAAAGGCAGGGAGGUGUGAUGGAAAGGCAGGGAGGUGUGAUGGAAAGGCAGGGAGGUGUGAUGGAAAGGCAGGGAGGUGUGAUGGAAAGGCAGGGAGGUGUGAUGGAAAGGCAGGGAGGUGUGAUGGAAAGGCAGGGAGGUGUGAUGGAAAGGCAGGGAGGUGUGAUGGAAAGGCAGGGAGGUGUGAUGGAAAGGCAGGGAGGUGUGAUGGAAAGGCAGGGAGGUGGAGGUGUGAUGGAAAGGCAGGGAGGUGUGAUGGAAAGGCAGGGAGGUGUGAUGGAAAGGCAGGGAGGUGUGAUGGAAAGGCAGGGAGGUGUGAUGGAAAGGCAGGGAGGUGUGAUGGAAAGGCAGGGAGGUGUGAUGGAAAGGCAGGGAGGUGUGAUGGAAAGGCAGGGAGGUGUGAUGGAAAGGCAGGGAGGUGUGAUGGAAAGGCAGGGAGGUGUGAUGGAAAGGCAGGGAGGUGUGAUGGAAAGGCAGGGAGGUGUGAUGGAAAGGCAGGGAGGUGUGAUGGAAAGGCAGGGAGGUGUGAUGGAAAGGCAGGGAGGUGUGAUGGAAAGGCAGGGAGGUGUGAUGGAAAGGCAGGGAGGUGUGAUGGAAAGGCAGGGAGGUGUGAUGGAAAGGCAGGGAGGUGUGAUGGAAAGGCAGGGAGGUGUGAUGGAAAGGCAGGGAGGUGUGAUGGAAAGGCAGGGAGGUGUGAUGGAAAGGCAGGGAGGUGUGAUGGAAAGGCAGGGAGGUGUGAUGGAAAGGCAGGGAGGUGUGAUGGAAAGGCAGGGAGGUGUGAUGGAAAGGCAGGGAGGUGUGAUGGAAAGGCAGGGAGGUGUGAUGGAAAGGCAGGGAGGUGUGAUGGAAAGGCAGGGAGGUGUGAUGGAAAGGCAGGGAGGUGUGAUGGAAAGGCAGGGAGGUGUGAUGGAAAGGCAGGGAGGUGUGAUGGAAAGGCAGGGAGGUGUGAUGGAAAGGCAGGGAGGUGUGAUGGAAAGGCAGGGAGGUGUGAUGGAAAGGCAGGGAGGUGUGAUGGAAAGGCAGGGAGGUGUGAUGGAAAGGCAGGGAGGUGUGAUGGAAAGGCAGGGAGGUGUGAUGGAAAGGCAGGGAGGUGUGAUGGAAAGGCAGGGAGGUGUGAUGGAAAGGCAGGGAGGUGUGAUGGAAAGGCAGGGAGGUGUGAUGGAAAGGCAGGGAGGUGUGAUGGAAAGGCAGGGAGGUGUGAUGGAAAGGCAGGGAGGUGUGAUGGAAAGGCAGGGAGGUGUGAUGGAAAGGCAGGGAGGUGUGAUGGAAAGGCAGGGAGGUGUGAUGGAAAGGCAGGGAGGUGUGAUGGAAAGGCAGGGAGGUGUGAUGGAAAGGCAGGGAGGUGUGAUGGAAAGGCAGGGAGGUGUGAUGGAAAGGCAGGGAGGUGUGAUGGAAAGGCAGGGAGGUGUGAUGGAAAGGCAGGGAGGUGUGAUGGAAAGGCAGGGAGGUGUGAUGGAAAGGCAGGGAGGUGUGAUGGAAAGGCAGGGAGGUGUGAUGGAAAGGCAGGGAGGUGUGAUGGAAAGGCAGGGAGGUGUGAUGGAAAGGCAGGGAGGUGUGAUGGAAAGGCAGGGAGGCGUGGCGGGAAGGGGAGAUGGCUGGCGGGAAGGGGGGAUGACGUGGCGAGAAGGGGGGAUGGAGUGGCGGGAAGGGGAGAUGACGUGGCGGGAAGGGGAGUAGGCGUGGCGGGAAGGGGAGAUGGCGUGGCGGGAAGGGGGGAUGACGUGGCGAGAAGGGGGGAUGGAGUGGCGGGAAGGGGAGAUGACGUGGCGGGAAGGGGAGAUUUUCGUGGCGGGAAGGGGAGAUUUUCGUGGCGGGAAGGGGAGAUGGCGUGGCGGGAAGGGGGGAUGACGUGGCGAGAAGGGGGGAUGGAGUGGCGGGAAGGGGAGAUGACGUGGCGGGAAGGGGAGUUUUUGUGGCGGGAAGGGGAGAUGGCGUGGCGAGAAGGGGGGAUGAUGUGGCGAGAAGGGGGGAUGGAGUGGCGGGAAGGGGAGAUGACGUGGCGGGAAGAGGAGUUUUCGUGGCGGGAAGGGGAGAUGGCGUGGCGGUGGUCGCGAUGGGGCCGCCUGGGCCAGAUAGCGCGUCCGGCGCCGGUGGAUGCGGAGGAUUAUACCGAGCUGGUUCGAGGCGGCUUGGACGCCGAUUUCGGCGUCCCUAGCGCUCAGUUCACGACUGUGCUUGUAGCGGGGGCGACGGGCCGCGUCGGAAAGGUGCUUGUAAGAAAGUUGCUCCUGCGCGGGUACACUGUUAAAGCCCUUGUAAGAAGCGCUGACCCGGAGACGCUCGAGCAGCUGCCACGUGCGUGCCAAGUGGCAGUCGCUGAUUUGGCCGACGAGGCGGCGCUUCAAAAGGCGGUGGACGGGUGCAAUAAGGUCGUCUUCUGCGCCUCGGCUCGUUCCGGUAUGGCCGCUGACCUCCAACGAGUCGACCACAUGGGCGUAGUUAAUCUCUCCAAGGCGUUCCUAGACUAUAAUCACCAAUUAGCGCAGCGCCGCGCCGGCCGCAGCAGCAAGAGCAAAGCCCUGGUGCUUAGACUCAGCAAAGAGCGGUUCCAGGAGGGGUGGGAGUUAGGAGAGGGACGGACUAUUAAAGACGACAUAGACCUGCGGUACGGCGCGGGGAUGGAUGCGGAGUUUAGUAUCACGGAGGACGGCAGGGGCGUGUUUUCCGGAUACGUGUUCACGCGCGGAGGGUAUGUGGAGGCGAAGAGGCGAAUCUCACUUCCAGAGGGACUGUCGUUUGGACGAUUCGAGGGUUUGGUGUUCCGGUUUGUAUCGGAUGGCAAGCCAUACUCGCUGGUGCUGCGGGUGGCGAAGGAAGGAACGCGCGUGGAGAGAGUGGGGGAGGACGGGGAGAUUGUGGUGGAAGAGGAGGAGGAGGUGGAGGAGGAGGAGUAUGAGUAUGUGGCUGUUGUGAAGACGAGGAGAGGGCAGAACACGAUCCGCAUCCCCUUUUCCGCCUUCCGCCCAUCAUCCCCAUCCGACCCACCACUCGAUCCCACGCUCAUCUCCUCGCUCGCCCUGCGAUACGAGCAGCGCCGCACGAAGCCAGCAGUAGCAGCGCCCCUCCCACCGGGCCGGGCCGCAUCCAAGGCCGGGGCAGAAGGAGACAAUGCCGCCGCCCCUGCCGACCCAAACAGCUUCAAGCUCGCCCUGCAAUACGUCAAGGCCUUCCCUGGAGGAGAGGAGACGGACUUCGUGUUGGUGUCAUGCUCGGGAGCAGGAGUGCCAGAGGAGAGCAGAGAGAGAGUGGUGAAGGCUAAGAUGGCAGCAGAGACGCAUCUGCGCAACAGCGGGCUAGGAUACACCAUAGUGCGUCCAGGGCCGCUGCUGGAGGAGCCAGGAGGCAGGAAGGCGCUUGUGUUCGACCAGGGGAACCGAAUCACGCAGGGCAUUAGCUGUGCUGAUGUGGCAGACGUGUGUGUGAAGUCUCUUCAUGACCCGACAGCUCGUAACAAGAGCUUCGACAUAUGCUAUGAGUACACUGACAACUCGGGCCUCUAUGAGUUGGUGGCCCAUCUACCAGACCGGGCCAACAACUACCUCACGCCUGCACUUGCACAGCUGGAAAAGAACACCUGA